CUUUUUGUAUCUUCUUCCACUCAUCUUGUAUCUUCUGACCCUCACAUUUACAUUUACAUUUACAUUUACAUAUACAUUCCCUCCCCAAGGCACAGAUACAGUUACUCACAGUCAGUCACGCAACCAUGUCCUUCUCCAACUUCAUCUCCUCGGCCAUCGAGCAGGCCGCCAGCAACUACGCUGGGGGGAACAGCGGCAGCGGCAGCGGUAGCGGCAACAACAACAACAGCGGGAACUCCCACCACGGUCAGGGUCAGGGUGGUUCCUACGGGGGUGAGCAGCAGGGUGGCUAUGGUGGUAACCAGGGUGGCUAUGGGGGUGAGCAGAGCUACGGCUCCCAGGGCGGUUCCUACGGUGGUAACCAAGGCGGUUCCUACGGCGGCGAGCAGGGCGGCUACCAGCAGCACCAGCAGCACCACCAGGGCGGAUACAGCGAGGGUGGCUCUUACGGUGGUAACCCAGGCGGCUCCUACGGCGGCGAGCAGAGCUACGGCUCCCAGGGCGGCUACGGCGGCCCCCAGGGCGGCAACUCCUCCUACGGCGGUGGCUACGGCGGCAACGAAGGCAGCUACGGCCACAACCCGCCCUCGCACAACCCCAGCUACGGCAACGCCCCGUCCUACGGCGGCAGCCGCCCCAGCUACGACGACCUCUCCUCGGCCACCAACCACGCCGAAUCGCACAGCGCGGGCACGGGCUCGUCGGACCUCUUCCAGAAGGCGCUGGGCUACAUCACCAACCGCCAUUCCUCUUCGUCUCAGGAAGAUGACGACGACAUCGACGAGUCCCAGAUGGUGCAGUCCCACCAGGCCGUGUACAACUCCCACGAGGGCCAGCAGCACGACUCCAAGACCCUGGGCGCUGGGGCCGCCAUGCAGGCGCUGAAGAUGUUUACUUCCGGGGGUUCGGGCUCGAGCUCGAGUGGUUCCGGGUCCGGGUCCGGCGGACAGAGCGAGUUCAUCGGCCUGGCGAUGGCGCAGGCGAGUAAGCUUUGGGAGGAGAAGAGUUCGAGUGGGCAGGCGUCCGGCGACAAGCAAUCCGCCAUCAACCAGGCCGCGGAGAUGGCGUUGAAGAUGUACAUGAAGAGUCAGGGGAGCGGGUCGAGUGGUACUGGUGGUCCCGCGGGAUUGUUGAGCUUGGCGAGUAAGUUCUUGUAAGGUCGCGGGUCGCUCUGGCUGGUGGUUGGGGUUGAGAUUGAGAUCAGGGGGUGCGGUGCGGUACUGCUUGUCGCUUGAUGCGCCCUGCUUGCGGGCUGGAUGAGUGUGGAUGUGUUCAUGUGUGCAUGCAAGGUGCGGCUUGUGUUCUUAUGCGUUAGGCACGUGCAGAUGCUCGUUAGUGGAUCAUGUAAAUUGAAUUGAACUUGAUAGUUUGUUUAUA